UUUCGCCCCGCACCCGAAGCCGACAUCUACCUUACCGCAAGACCGGAUCCGUACAUCCACACCGAGGUAGCAGCCGGAGGACUUCCGGAGUGGACCCUUCGGGUCAAAGACCCUCUCCGCGAAAACGGGACGGAAUGGCUGUGUUCCAUCGAGUCCUACCUCUACACGCGCGAAAAUAUAGCCGACUCUCAAACCACCAACGGCAGACCGGUGGUGAUGGUCCAAGUCGAAAACAAAUAUGUAAUAUAUAACCGGAAGUCAACGACACCCACUUAG